CUUCCCUGCUUCACAGGGGAGAAGCGGAGGGAGCGCUCGGCUUGCCUGGGACCCCACCCUGCGGAGCCAGCCACGCAGCCCGGCUCCCCCCGCGGAAGCUGCCUGCAGGCCGGCGAGCGGAGGCAGCUCCUCCUUUUCUUUCUUUCUCGGGGAGAGGAGGCGCAGGAGCCGAUCCUGGCCGGCUGGGAGUCCCGUCGGGGCGCUGGUCGGAGGUAUUCCAUUUCGUUCAUCCUGUGAAUACUAAUAUCCCUUAGCUACAGUCUUGUGUCUUCAUGAGUGGCUUUCAGAUAGUGAGAAAGAAACGCUUUAAGGCAUGGAGUUGGCUCACAGCUUUUUGCUUAAUAAAGAGGCCUAUAACCAACUGGGCGAAUUUCAGAAAGCAGAGUUUGUUUUCGAGUGGCUGAGGUUUUUGGAAAAACUUUUGCCAGCAACCAGCCGGGCUGAUAUAAAAGAAAAACAGAGCAAACUUGUUGAACAGCUGAUAUCUUUAUUAACCAGUUCCCCAGGGCCUCCUGCCAGACAGCUUAUUGCCAAGAAUCUUGCUAUAAUAUAUAGCACUGGGGACACUUUUUCUGUGCACCAAACAAUUGAUAAAUGCAAUGAACUUAUUCGCAGUAAAGAUGAUUCACCAAGCUAUCUGCCGACAAAACUUGCUGCAGUGGUUUGCUUGGGCUAUUUGUACAAAAAACUGGGAAGAAUUUUGGGCAACAGCUUUGUGGAUACUGUCGGGAAUAUCCUUAAAGCAAUGAAGAAUGCAGAGUCUCAAGGGCGGUAUGAGAUCAUGCUAAGUUUGCAAAAUAUAUUGAAAGGUCUGGGAGUUGCUGCUAUUCCAUGUCACAGAGAUAUUUACAAAGCUGCCCGUUCAUGCUUAACUGAUAGAUCAAUGGCAGUUCGCUGUGCUGCUGCAAAGUGUCUUCUUGAACUGCAGAGCGAAGCAAGUUUUAUGUGGAGUACAGACCUGGAUAGUGUUGUAACUCUGUGUUUUAAGUCGUUUGAAGGGUCGAAUUAUGGUGUACGAAUUGCUGUUUCUAAGCUUUUAGGCAGUGUGUUAGUGAGUGCUGUAACAUCUAAACAAGGCGGCACAGCAUCUGCCAGACAAAAUGUUCGCAAGAUCUCAUUUGAAGAAGCCUUGGAACUUCUGGGUACAGGUUUCCUUCGGGGAAGUACAGGAUUUCUACGAGCCAGUGGUGAUAUUCUGAAAGGGACAAGCUCGGUCAGCAGGGAUGUUAGAGUUGGAGUCACUCAGGCAUAUGUGGUAUUUAUCUCCACGCUGGGAGGGCAGUGGCUUGAAAGGAAUUUUUCUGCCUUGCUUUCCCAUGUUCUGGACCUCGUUUCCCAGUCUCACCCUAAAGCUAUUCAGACUCAGAUGGACGCUAUCUGUCGCCGCCGCUGUAUUUCAUUUAUCCUCCGAGCUACAGUAGGAGGCCUUCUUGGGGGGAAAGCUCAAAUUGCAACUGCCAAGGAGAUUUGUCAAGCCAUCUGGAAGCUGAAGAAAGUUGUGGAUGCUGCCAUGAGUGACAGUAACGUGGAAACCCGUGUUGGUACGACAGAUGUGGUAGCAAGCCAGCAUAUGCUUAUAUGUUCCUUGGAAGAGCUUGGAAACCUCAUUCAGAAUUUAGGCACUACUGCUGCACCUGUGCUACAAGAUUCUAGUACAGGGGUUUUGGAUGCAGUGGUGUCCAUUCUUAUCCACCCCAGUAUUUCGGUUCAGCUGGCAGCGGCAUGGUGUUUGCGCUGCAUUGCUGUGGCACUGCCCUGCUUUCUCUCGCCACUUCUGGAUCGCUGUAUCGAGCGGCUCACAGCACUCAAAUCCUCCCCAGAAGCAGUGACUGGCUACAGUUUUGCUGUUGCUGCUCUACUGGGAGCUGUCAGAAUGUGUCCUUUAGGAAUUCCACAUUGCAAAGGAAAGGCAGUCAUGACAGUAGCUGAGGAUUUGUUGCGUUCUGCUUCUCAGAAUAGCCGCAUCUCAAUACAACGAAUGCAAUCUGGAUGGCUCCUGAUAGCUGCCUUAAUGACAUUGGGUCCAGCGGUUGUUCAGCACCAUCUUCCAAGAAUGCUGUUAUUGUGGAAAUGUGCUUUCCCAUUAUCGCCUAAAGAUUUAGAAACUGAGAAAAGCCGGGGUGAUUCAUUUACAUGGCAAGUGACGCUGGAAAGCCGGGCAGGUGCUCUCUGUGCUAUUAAAAGUUUUAUCGUCCAUUGUGGGGGCCUCCUUACAGAUGAAGUGAUUCAAAGACUGCUUCCUCCCCUCCCAUGUGCUGUUGCUUUACUGACACAGCUUCCUUCACUAACUAAAACCUAUGGCAAUCCUUUAAAACCAUCAGCAGUGAUGUACAGGAAAAGACUUUAUGAACUGCUUACUUUGUUGCCUCCAAAGAGCUAUGGAGGAAGCUUCUCUGCUGUUCUCAAAGAACUAGUGCUUGAUUUGACUCAGCCCGAUAACCAGAUGUCACCCUCUGCUGCUUACCUUCCAUCUCUCUGUCACCAGGAUGAACUUAACUUACUGGGUCCCUUACUACAGGAGACAGAGCACAGAUUUAUUGAAGAGCAGCUGUUCCUAGUUAACAGUAUAGCUGGUGGAAGUCUGGAGUAUGACCCAUAUUCGGUUUAUGAGAGAGCUGCAGAAGGUGGUUCUGUGCCUAAACCCUUACCGCCAACAUUAUCCAUUAUUGGAGCAGCAACCCGUCUCUUUGGAGUCGUAUUUUCCCAUGUUGCAGAGUCCCAAAGGUUGCAAGUAUUAGAACAAUUAUUGACAUCUAUAAAACAAACCAAAGGAUCACGGCAGCAGAUAGUACAGCAAAAUGUUCUAUCAGCAUUUUCUAAUGUUCUGAAGCACUUGGCUAGCUGCAAGGGAAAUUUAGGUUCUGAAGAAAUUCGAAGCUGUGCCCUGACCUUAGUGAUGAGUGCCUUGGAAAGCAGUAACCCACUCUUAAGAUGUUCUGCUGCAGAAUCCUUAGCCAGACUUGCACAAGUAGCUGCUGACAGUACCUUCACUGCUGGAUUGGUGCAAAUUAGCUUUGACAAACUAAAAUCUGCCAGAGAUGUAAUAUCAAGAACAGGACAUUCUUUGGCUCUGGGAUCCCUCUAUAGAUAUCUAGGAGGAAUAGGCUCCACUCAGCACCUGAAUGCUUGUGUUGGAAUACUUUAUACAUUAUCUCAGGACAGCACUUCACCUGAAGUACAGACCUGGGCACUGCAUUCUCUGUCACUGGUCAUUGAUUCUGCUGGUCCCCUGUAUCACGUGCAUGUGGAACCUACCCUCUCUCUUGUUCUUAUGUUGUUGUUGACUGUGCCUCCUGCUUAUGCUGAAGUUCAUCAAAGCCUUGGUCGCUGUUUAAAUGCACUUAUCGCUACUUUGGGUCCUGAGUUGCAAGGCAGCAGCACUACAGUUUCAGCCUUGAGGGCAUCUUGUCUCCUAGGCUGUGCAGUGAUGCAAGAUAAUCCUGACUGCCUUGUCCAAGCUCAAGCCAUCUCUUGCCUUCAGCAACUUCAUAUGUUUGCUCCUCGUCAUGUAAACUUGUCUAGCCUCGUGCGGUGCCUGUGUGAGAUCUUGUUGGAAAAUUCUGUGUUGGUGAAUCUCUCUAGUUCAUAUCUGUUGUUGAGGAGAGCAGUACUAGCUUGUUUGCAUCAGCUUGUACAAAGAGAGGCAGCUGAGGUAUCUGAACAUGCUGUGGCCCUUGCUAAAGACAGCAGAGAAGACUUUAGUCCAGGCAUUAACAUCAGAGAAGUAGGCCUUGAAGGUGCAUUACUGAGCUUAUUGGACAAGGAACUGGAUCCAAAACUAUGCCAAGAUAUUAGAGAGACCCUGAGCCAUAUGCUUAUAUCAAUGGGAGUGGAAAAACUCUCUUUCUGGCUUAAACUCUGCAAAGAUGUUCUAGCUGCCUCUGCUGAUUUCACCACAGUGGUUUCAGUGGACACUACCCAAGAAGAAGAGGGAGCUCAAGGGGAUGAUGAAUUUGCAUUAACUUUGGAAAACAAUGAAAAGCUGCACCCCUUCCCUCAUCCUCGAUGGUCUACUAGAGUAUUUGCUGCAGAGUGUGUGUGUAAAAUUAUUGGCCAGUGUGAGAAUGCAGGCAACGCGCACUUUGACAUAGCUCUGGCACAAGAAAUGAAGCAAAGAGAUUCAAGAGAUGAUUUCCUAGUACUGCACUUAGCUGACUUGAUCCGCAUGGCUUUUAUGGCUGCCACGGAUCACAGUGACCAGCUUCGUCUUUCUGGCCUUCAGAUGUUGUUAAUUCUUGUUCGGAAGUUUGCUGCUGUGCCGGAGCCAGAGUUCCCAGGUCAUGUGAUUCUGGAACAAUAUCAAGCAAAUGUGGGUGCAGCGCUUAGACCAGCUUUUACUUCUGAAACACCACCUGAUGUAACAGCAAAAGCAUGCCAGGUUUGCAGUGCCUGGAUAGCAAGUGGUGUAGUAAGUGACCCUAGUGACCUUCAGAGGGUUCAUCAAUUGCUUGUGACAUCCUUGACCAAAAUACAGGCGGGACAAGAAGCCCAAAGUCAACUGUACAAUGAAGGCACAUCAGUUAUGGAGAUCCUAGCUGUGUUGAAAGCUUGGGCAGAGGUCUAUAUAGUUGCAGUACAAAGGCAGAAAAAGCAAAGCGACAUCAACAGACCACCCUUGGUAAUAAACAUGACAGAGGAGAGCUGCAGGGAUCAAAUAUCUCCAGUGGAUGAACUUCUGGAGCUAGUCCAAGCAGACCUGGGCAAUCUGAGCAAACUCUGGCUUGCUGCACUCCAAGAUUAUACUCUCUUAACUUUGCCGUCAGAAUUUGCCUCUCAACUUCCUGCUGAAGGUGGUGCUUUCUAUACUGCAGAGACAAUUGAAAAUUCAAGACCACACUAUCAAAACUCCUGGGCAUUGAUUCUCCAUGCAACAGCAUUGUGGCUUACCAGCACAGGUUUUCUUGUAGGUGACUCAGAUGAAGGUCUAACUAACCUUUCUCGACCUGUCACCCCAACUACAAUGUGUCAAGAUUCAACAUCUAGAGCUGCUGUAAAAUCACCUGAAGACGUGAACACUGAUAGAUUUCAUCUUGUUUUGGGAAUUAGUGUGGAAUUUCUAUGUUCUCCUCGGUCAGAUGCAGGAAUGGAAAAUAUUACUUCUUGCCUACAUGCCUUACGGGUGCUGCUUGAUGUUCCUUGGCCAAGGUCUAAGAUUGGUGGUGAUCAGGAGCUGAGUGUUGAGCUGCUGAAUGUUUUACAUCGGCUUAUAGUGACAAGAGAGUCCCCUGACAUUCAACUUGCUGCUCUAGAAGUUGUUCGACAGAUUCUUUUGGCAGCUCAGGAACAUGUCAAGGAAAAACGGAGAAGUGCAGAAGUUGAUGACGGAGCUGAAGAGAAGGAAACCUUGCCGGAGUUUGGAGAAGGCAAAGACACCGGAGGGCUGAUACCUGGAAAGUCCUUAGUCUUUGCAACCCUGGAGAUGUGUGUGUGCAUUCUCGUCAGGCAGUUGCCUCAGCUUAACCCUAAGAUAACGGGCAGCCCUGGAAUUACAUCUGGAAAGCCUCAGUUGUUAUCGGAGAAUGGAAGCAGACUAGUAUCAGUGGCAUUAGGGAUCCUCUCUGAUGUUCCUGCAGUCUGCUCACCAGAAGGAAGCAUUGCCGUUCUUCCUACUAUCUUGUACCUGAUUAUUGGAGUCCUCAGAGAAACUGCUGUGAAAUUACCCACAGGCCAGUUGCCUUUGACUGUUGCUUCAUCGUUACAAGCUCUUAAAGGAGUGCUGUCUUCCCCCAUGGCCCGGGCAGAGAAGAGCCGGACUGCUUGGAACGAAAUGCUCCGCAGUGCUUUGGUCACUAUUCUUAACUUUUGGGAUCAAGAUGGUGCUCAUCAAGAAUUGGAUGAAGGUAGUCUGCUGACUGCAGUCACAAUAUUCAUUUUGUCUACAAGUCCAGAAGUUGCUACCAUGGAGUGCCUUCAGAAGUGUUGCAUUGAAAAGUUUCAGUCAGCAAUGGAAUCUAAAGAUCCUAUUGUGCAACUUAAAUGCUACCAGCUUCUCCUUACUAUUUUCCAGUAUCCAAAUCGAACUAUCUCAUAUCCUUACAUUCAUUCAUUGGCAUCAUCAAUUGUUUGCAAACUGCAGGAAACGGAGAAAGUCAAGCCUGAGAAUUCUGCUGAACUUCAGGUUAUUCAGGAAGGGAUAAAAGUCGUGGCUGCUGUUAUAGCUCUCGCUGAGGAGGAACAUCGAACUCAGCUAGUGGCUUGCUUCCUCCCUAUCCUUAUUUCUUUUCUUUUGGACGAGAAUGCCCUAGGAUCAGCUACGAGUUCAGCGAGGAGUCUUCAUGAGUUUGCUUUACAGUACCUGAUGCAGAUUGGUCCGCAAUAUUCCUUGGUCUUUAAAAAACUAAUGGCUUCUUCUCCGCCAAUGAAGGCGAGGCUUGAAUCGGCUGUGAAGGGCAAUCAGGAAAGCAUCAAGGACAAGGCAGCACCUAGGCAUUCCAAGAACCCUGGGAAAAGUAUUCAGCUAAAGACCAACUUUCUGUGAAUAAUGUUUGAAAUCCGAAGCACUUUGAUCAAAGAUGGCAAACUAUCCCUUUUCAUUUCUAGCUGUCCUUAUAAUGAAGUACGGUUUUUAUUUUAAUUUCAUUCUGCUAAACUUUGAAAAUCAGCACAUUAUAACCCAAUUCCAGAGAUGUGCAUGCAUGUGCCUGCCUGCCUACUGAGUCAGUCAGUAGUAGGAACUACCGUAUUUUUCGCUCUAUAACACGCACCCGACCGUAACACGC